AUGCAUUUCUUCGCCAAGCUCGUUACCGCUCUCCCCGCCAUCGCCGGCGUCGCUUCAGCCGCAGUAAUUCCUCGCGAUGUUGACGCCUCCACAAUGACCACGGACCUUCAGGGACUCACCACCAUGUCCAGCGACACGGAUACCCUCGCCAAAGAAAUCGAUGCGACCAAGCCUCAAAGCAGCAUUGAUGUUGUCAACAGCCUGCGAGACCUUAUCAAGGCCACAACUAAGGAUGCCGCCGCCGCCGCAGACACGCAGCCUUUCUCCGAUGAUGCCUCCCAACAGCAGGUCUGCAAUGCCUACAACACGUUCGCCACGACCCAGACGGCUAUGCUGAACACGCUCACCGCCAAAGCCAAUGACGCUAACGCAAGCGGAUUGGGUGCCCCUAUCGGUGCUGCCCUUCGUGUCCUAGAGGGCGCUGACGAUACCUACUCAUUCGAGAUUAUUGAAGCCGUUCCUACUUGCGCGGACGCUGCCAAGGCGGACAAGACCACACUCGACACGGCAAUGGAGGCGGCAGUCAACGCAUACUCCUAA